AUGGUGUUAGGAGGAACACCGCGCGCGUCCGCAUUCGCAGCCGCCCAGCGGAAUGCCCAGUUUGGGCCCGGCAACUCGGACGCGCAGUGGACUCGCUUCAUAUUCCGAGGGCCCUUUGGUCCCCGGGCCACUGGCCUGGGGACUGAGAAGGCGGCGGGCAUCUGGAAGACGCCGGCUGCCUACAUCGGACGGCGGCCUGGGGUGUCGGGCCCCGAGCACGCCUUUAUUCGGGAGCUGGAGGAAGGUGCAGGGUGGGUGACUGCAUCUGUUUCACGACCCAUGAGGCUCCAGUCGGCCGAGAGCGCCCUCCGGAUUUUACACCUCAGAUACCAGGUGAGCUUGAGAGAUGACCUCCUUCAGCUCUACUCAGAUUCUGAGGAGGAAGAGGAGGAAGAAGACGAGGAGGAGCCGGAGGAGGAAGAGCAGCCGCACUAUCAUUCCUAUGGAGCCCCUGAGCCGACUUGUCUGCGGCAGACGGAGGUCCUGCACGACUGGCCGCAGCUGGAAGCCCUGCAGGAACAGCUGAGGCUGCUGGAGGAGGAGAACGAGCAGCUGAGGGAGGAGCAUGGGGCUGAGACUGAGAAGUUGCAGCAGCAGCUGGCUUCGGAGAGAGUAAUCCAGAUGCGGCUCCAGCAUGAGCUGCAGGACCUACAGGAGAAGUACACGGAGCGUGGGGGCAUGCUGACCCAGGCUCAGGAGGAGGUGAAGACCCUCUGCCAGCAAGCGCCGGGGUCCACUGACCCUGUCCCCCGCUACACACACGCCGUACCUCUGGAGGCCCUUCCUAGUUUUCAGGAGGCCCUGGGUGAGGAGCUCAGAAGGUCUAUAAGGAUUAUCUCGGACCCUGUGUUUUUUAUGGAAAGGAAUCAUGGGAAGACUGAGAAGGAGGAGAUGUCACACCUGGGAUACAGGCUGUGCCGCAGUGAGGUGCGAGAGCAGGACCGGGGCUUAGAGGCUGAGAAGGGGUUACUGACAGCAGAGGAUUUUGUGGUGGAAGAUUUUGUGCUUGUGGAGGAAUUGGUGCCUGAGGAGGAACCGGGGGCCACAGCAGAGGUGGCGUCAGCUGAGGAGGGGGCAACAGAAGAGGCAGAGCUGGUGUCUGAGGAGGCCGAGGCCUGGGAGGAGGUGGAGCCAGAGCUGGAUGAGGCAACGCAGGGGAACGUAGUGACCUCAGCGCUGGAGGCUAGCGGCUUGGGCCCCUCUCGCCUAAACAUGAAGCGCGUCCUCCAGCAACUGGCUAACUGGCUGGAUGCGCGUUAUAGUCGGCAGUUGAGGCUGAAGAUGCUCCAGAAAGGUGAGUGCUCCCACAGGGGCCUCCCUCCGGCCAGCCAGACCAGCUACAGAUCAUCAAUGAAAGGUGAGGGUAGGUGAGCCCCCCAAAUGCUCACUUACCCCAGCUUGGCCUCACCCAGUGUGAUGAUUUGCAUGGAAUUUGCAUAUCAUUUGCAUAGGCACCUCCAGGUUCCUUCAGUGGGAACUAUGGCCCCAGGGCUCAUUUAUGUGGAAUUUGCUUAGGAUUCCAGAUCUCUACCCCUUUUUCGCCUGGGGGUCUGGGCUGAAGGUCAUGACCAGGACUGCAGCCCCCUACUGUGCCUCUGCUUCCCGUCUCUGCUGCCCCCUUCUCCCUGUCUCCCACUCUGCCACCUGAUCCCCGAGGCUCCCCAGCCCUGCAGUAGUGACAGCAACAGGUACAGGGAGUGGAUCAGAGCAGCAGCCCGGGGUGCUGACCCAGCCCUUUCAGAGGCUGGAGGAGGACUGGGCCAACCUUCCUCCCAGGGCCUGGGAGGAAGAGGGGUGUUCUGGGGCCACCCAGGUCAUUGGGACAAAGGCCUCUGCCAGCAAGGGUCGCAGCUGGACCAGCCCCCUGGGUGAGUCUGAAGAUGGGCUGGGUCUCCUUCAGGGUGCCGGGGGGUGGGUCGGGGUCUCCUCUCCCCAGCUGGAAGCCCCAAAGUUUGGGGAGUUGCACCUGCUGAGUGUGAGCCCUGCCUUCAAGGAGCUCACAGAGACAACAGAGGUGAUUUAGUGACUGGCAUUGUUUCCUUUAGUCCUCGCACCCCUGAAGGUAGCUGUUACCAGCCCUUUGUUAGGUGAGAAAACUGAGGUUUGGAGAACUUAAGUAAGAACUUAAGAUCAUUUAAGAACUUAAGAUCACUUAGCUGGAGUGGGUCUGAGCCUGUUCUCCUCACUCCUAUGCCAGAAUGACUUUUCCUGGCCUGUCCCUCCCCUCUGACCCUGUCCUGGUGCCUGCCUGGCCUGCUCAUCAGCCGUGAAAUUUGUAGCCUCACCGGCAUGUGUGGGCUGCCCCCACUCCAGUGGCCGCUUGGUCACUGCUGGGCAGCCUCAUCAGGGUCACCGUGUAAGGUUGUGCAGUUUGGAAACUGAACGGUGACCUCUUUGGCCAGCCAGUGGGCAUCCUGUAAAACUAUCAAUCGCGGCUGUCUUUCUGAUACAGCGACAAGGCCUCAGCCCCUGCCUGCUGUCCAAGCCCUCAGUUUACCCCUCCCUUCUCUUCCAGGCUUUGCUGGUUCCCAGCAGCCUUCAGAGGCCCCACAGACAGCCUGAGGCCCCUCCUUCAGCUGCUUGGCCAAGUCCCACCUACCCCAGACCCUCCUUCCCAUCCUCCCAAACAGGACCCCCCUGUCUGUUACCGGCCUGCCUUCUGUCCCCAUGAACCUGGGCUGGGGCUUGAGGACCCAAGCCUCCACCCUUUGCAGCUGGUACAAAAGCUAGUUCUGGUUGCUGGGCCUGGGGUCACAUGGCAGCCCAGGGGAUGGGGGUGCCUGAGGGGAGGUCUGUCUGCUGCCAGACCUGGCUUUGAGCUGGGGGUGGGGCUCAGACACUGGUGUAGGAAGGUGUUCUGACUACCUUUCUAACGACAGGCCCUUGACCCUCAAGUUAAAGGUGGCCCCUGAGUCCUUGCUGACUUUUAGGGACCUGGCCUUCUUCCUCCAUUCUUGGUCCUUUCUUCUCAGUCCCUAACUACUGUUGGUAACCAAGAGUAUCUCUGUGUGUGGGUGAGGGGUCCCUCCGCCCACUGGGGGCCUCCUCCCGCCCCACCCCCAUCUCCCUGCCUGUGGCCCAUGUGUCCAGGCUCCCUGCCCAUUGCUCCUUCCCCCCGGUCCUCCCCUCAGUCCUCUGUGCCUCUCCUUUCUUCAUUCUAGAUGUUCUGCCCUCUCCCACUCUUUACUCCUAAACAGCUGGAGUCUGGGGCUCCCCCACCUCCUGCCCACUUCAGUCUGGCUCUGUUCCUGCUGUGUUGCUCACUCUCCCGUUGCUUGUCAGCCUGUGCACCUGCUGGUGCAGGAAAUAAAGGACCC